UCUUAACAUAGUUUAUAACAGUAGUUGUGCGUUAAAAUUAAUUACCAGCUAAAUAAAUAAAUUUAAAAAAUGAAAAUAAUAGUAUUAUUGGCGUUGAUUUCAAUAGUUUGUGCGGAUUUUGAUAUCAAAGACUAUAAAGAUGUGAUAAAUUCACGAAACUUUACGGGAAAAGUAGUUUUGGUGACCGGAAGUAGUUCUGGAAUCGGAGAGGGGAUCACAAAACUGUUCUCUAUAUUAGGGGCCAAUGUUGUGGUCACCGGUAGGAAAGCCGAUGACGUUCAGAGAGUUGGCAAAGAAGUACAGGAAUUGUCGCCAAAGAAACUAAAGCCACUAGAAGUGGUCGGAGAUCUAACCAAAAGUGAUUUCAUUAAACUAUUGGUCGGAAAUACAAUUCAAACAUUUGGAAAGUUAGAUGUUUUGGUUAAUAAUGCGGGAAUAUAUCCAGGGACAAACAUUACACAAACAGACUUAAUGCAAGUCUGGGAUCAGGUCUUCGCCAUAGACUUGAGAGCAGUCGUCGAACUGAUCCACGAAUCGGUUCCACAUUUGGAGAAAACUAACGGCACUAUCAUUGAUAUCUCUAGUAUUGGUGGCAUAGCACCGUAUAUCCAAAACCUGGCGUACGGUCCGGCAAAAGCCGGCUUAGAUAUGUUGACUCGAGUACUGGCCCUCGAAUUGGGACCAAAAGGCAUUCGUGUCAAUACAUUGAAUCCGGGCACUAUACAAGUGACUGAUAAGGUGCUCCCCAUAUACGAUACGUCAAAGGCUGCCACACCACUCAAGCGAUUGGGACAACCAUUAGAUAUCGCCAAAGGGGUGGCAUUCCUGGCCUCAAGUGAUGCCUCAUUCAUAACCGGCGCUAAUCUGGUGGUUGACGGCGGACUUGUCUAUAAUAUGGUUUGUGCGGAUUUUGAUAUCAAAGACUAUAAAGAUGUGAUAAAUUCACGAAACUUUACGGGAAAAGUAGUUUUAGUGACCGGAAGUAGUUCUGGAAUCGGGGAGGGGAUCACUAAACUCUUCUCUAUAUUAGGGGCCAAUGUUGUGGUCACCGGUAGGACAGAGUCUGAAGUUCAGAGAGUUGCCAAAGAAGUGCAGGAAUUGUCGCCAAAGAAACUAAAACCAUUAGAAGUGGUUGGAGAUCUCACCAAAAGUGGUUUCAUCACUAAUUUAGUUCAACAAACUGUCACAACAUUUGGCAAAUUAGAUGUAUUGGUGAACAACGCCGUUUGUGCGGAUUUUGAUAUCAAAGACUAUCUCGAUGUGAUAAAUUCACGAAACUUUACGGGAAAAGUAGUUUUGGUGACCGGAAGUAGUUCUGGAAUCGGGGAGGGGAUCACUAAACUGUUCUCUAUAUUAGGGGCCAAUGUUGUGGUCACCGGUAGGAAAGCCGAUGACGUCCAGAGAGUUGCCAAAGAAGUGCAGGAAUUGUCGCCAAAGAAACUAAAGCCAUUAGAAGUGGUCGGAGAUCUCACCAAAACUGAAGUCAUCAAACUAUUGGUCGAAAAUACUAUUAAAACUUUUGGCAAAUUAGAUGUUUUAGUAAAUAACGCCGGAAUAUAUUCAGGGACAAACAUUACACAAACAGAUGUAAUGCAAGUUUGGGAUCAGGUCUUCGCCAUAGACUUGAGAGCAGUCGUCGAACUAAUCCACGAAUCGGUUCCACAUUUGGAGAAAACUAACGGAACUAUUAUUCAAACCUCGAGUAUUGCGGGAAUUCGUCCGCCAAACACUCAAAGUCUAGCGUACAGUCCCGCAAAAGCAGCCUUAGAUAUGUUGACUCGAGUACUGGCCCUCGAAUUAGGACCCAAAGGCAUUCGUGUCAACAGUUUAAAUCCCGGUGCUACUCAGGUGGACAAAACCGGUGAUCCGGGUGUCGCAAAGAUAACGCCAUUGAGACGAGAGGGACAACCAUUAGAUAUGGCGAAAGGGGUGGCAUUCCUGGCCUCAAGUGAUGCCUCAUUCAUAACCGGCGCUAAUCUGGUGGUCGACGGCGGACUUAUUUAUUCACUUGCUAACAUAUCUUCGUGUAAUUUAAACAUUAAAGUUUGUGCGGAUUUUGAUAUCAAAGACUAUCUCGAUGUGAUAAAUUCACGAAACUUUACGGGAAAAGUAGUUUUGGUGACCGGAAGUAGUUCUGGAAUCGGGGAGGGGAUCACUAAACUGUUCUCUAUAUUAGGGGCCAAUGUUGUGGUCACCGGUAGGAAAGCCGAUGACGUCCAGAGAGUUGCCAAAGAAGUGCAGGAAUUGUCACCAAAAAAACUAAAGCCAUUAGAAGUGGUCGGAGAUCUCACCAAAACUGAAUUUAUUGCUACUUUGAUCGCAAAUACUAUCAAAACAUUUGGAAAGUUAGAUGUUUUGGUGAAUAAUGCGGGUAUAUAUCCGGCGGCAAACAUAACUCAAACAGACUUAAUGCAAGUUUGGGAUCAGGUCUUCAACACUGAUUUGAGAGCAAUCGUGGAAUUAAUCCACGAAUCGGUUCCACAUUUGGAGAAAACUAACGGAACUAUCAUUCAAAUAUCGAGUAUUGGGGGAAUAGCACCGUAUAUCCAAAAUCUUGCAACCGGUACCGCAAAAGCCGGCUUAGAUAUGUUGACUCGAGUACUGGCCCUUGAAUUAGGACCCAAAGGCAUUCGUGUCAAUACUAUCAAUCCGGGUACAACACAAGUGACUGAUAAGGUGGACCCCGUAUCAAAGGCUGCCACACCACUCAAGCGUUUGGGACAACCAUUAGAUAUCGCCAAAGGGGUGGCAUUUCUGGCCUCAAGUGAUGCCUCAUUCAUAACCGGCGCUAAUCUUAUCAUUGAUGGCGGACUUAUCUAUAAUUAUGGGAGA